UUGCUCGUAUUGAACCAGAUCAGGGAGUCUUAUCGAUCUCGUAUCCAAUCAUAUAUUACUGCAGGGAAAAUGCCUACUAAUCAACGACACUCGGAGAGACGUCAGGUGCAUAAUCGCCAUGGGGGCAUGUUCCCACCAAGUAGCUUUCCCUCGAUAUCAUCAGGUUCAAUGCCUACUAAUCAUCGACACACGACUGCACGUCCGGUAAAUAAUCCGCACUACCAAUCCCAAUGGCAACCAAACACAACUCUUUCAGCUAAUUCGACGUCACGCAAUGGUUAUUCCUCCACAUCAUCAGGUUCAAUGCCUACUAAUCAUCGACACACGACGGCACGUCGGGUAAAUAAUCCGCACUACCAAUCCCAAUGGCAACCAAGCACAACUCUUUCAGUCGGUUCGACGUCACGCAAUGGUUAUUCCUCCACAUCAUCAGGUUCAAUGCCUACUUAUCAACGACGCACGACGGCACGUACGGUAAAUAAUCCACACUACCAAGCCCAUUCGAGGUCAAGACCAAGCAAUAUGGGCUGGACGAGUGGAGCUGCCUAAGAUUAAGCAGAGCAGGUGGUCUUAAUUAUGCAUAUGUGUUUUAAUUUUCUUUUUUCAAUAAGGCUUGGGUUUUUUCUUUUCCUAUUAGGAAUUGUUUUGCUUUUCCUAUUAGAAAUUGUUUUCCUUUUCCAAUUAGGAUUUAUUUUCCUUUUUCUUUUCUUAUUAAAAGGUUGAGAUACUCUGUAGCUGAAUGUUGGAGUGAAUUCAAUAUAUUUAAGUAUGUCAUGGUGUUUGUUAUUUGUUUUGUUGGAAUUUGAGACUUGGAGUGUAUACAUUCUAAAUAUAUUGGACCCAGUUUAUGGUGUUGGGGAAAUAAAUCUUAUAGACGAAUUGGGA